AUUCGCUCUGUGUUCAGGUGUGCUUGCGUUCUAAGCAUUUUUGUAUGCCCGGAGAGAGCCACACGUAUCAACGACAACCCGAAGAGUAUCCGCCGAUGAUUCUCUCUCUUUCUCGACAUGGACCUUCAAACCUUAACGAUCAGAGCUCCUGAACAUCUCUUCAUGUACCACCGCAGGAUUUUGUUUCACCCGGUCAGAGCAUUCCAAUUGAUAGUGGCUCUUUCGUGCGAGUUUUUUUUCCAAGCUACAUGUGGACUAGAUUCCAUGAAUGGAAUGCUGAAGUUGGUGAAACAUGAUGCAUGUGGGCCCUCCAGAGAUCGAUUUGGUGUGGGGUUUCGGGAUAUUGGUGUUGGUGGUAAUAGUUCUAGUUCUGGAUAUGUAAGUCCAAUGAACUACUCAAGGCUUAGGAUGGUUUGUACUGAUUCUCAUUCAUUCUGCUUCCCGUCAACAUUACCUAGUUUUUCUUCUAAAGAGCAUGAACGCAAAGUUGCUGCUUUAGAAGUUUCUAGGAGUCGGUCUAACGGUCCUGUUUCUGAAGAAUCUACCAUGGAUAGACAGUGGGUAACUAACAAAAGUCGUUCGUUGGACUAUGGUAUGUUCAAGUUAGUGAAAGGAGGGAUUGUUUCUUGUUCUUUACACUCCAAAGAGGACAUUAAUGAGGUAUCAUCCAUUCAAGCUGACAGUCCCAAUCAAAAUUGUCAUUCUUUCUGUGGAAAAUCUUUAAUUGAUCAUUGCAGAAUUUUUUGGCCAGAAAGGAUCUCUAUGGUGACAAAAACAGGUUAUUUUGAUGGUUCUUCUUCUCCCAAUGUAGAAAUUAAGCCUAAUGUGCUGGAUUGGGGACAAAAGUGUUUGUAUCUUCCUUCAUUAGCUUUCUUGACCGUGUCAAAUACAUGCAAUGACAGCAUUUUACAUGUCUAUGAACUGUUCAGUACUGAUUUUCAGUUCUAUCCAUGCAAUUUUAGUGAGCUUUUGCUAAGACAUGGCAAAGUAGCUUCGAUCUGUUUUGUGUACUUGCCUAGAUGGUUGGGGUUGUCCUCUGCUCAUUUGCUUUUGCAGAUAAGCUCCGGCGGUUUACUUGUUCAGACUAGGGGCUUUGCUAUUGAGUCGCCUUAUGAAAUUCUACCUAUAUUAAGUCUGGAUGUUUCUUCCAGUGGAAGGUGGACUAAGAAUUUUUCACUGUUCAAUCCUUUUGAUGAAAGCCUUCAUGUGAAGGAAGUGACUGUAAUGAUGUUAGCUUCUCUAGGGAAAAUUUCUCAUCACACCGAAGUGCUUUGUAGUGUAGAAAAAUCUCAGGGCUCUAAUGACCUUGGCGUGCAAACCUUUAAGGACCAGUUGGUUGUGAAAAGUAGUCAAAUUGGUUUGCCACUUUUGGGAAUUAGGCCUCAUAGAAACUGGGAGAUAGGUCCUCAUAGGACCGAUGCAGUCAUAGAGAUAGACUUCUUCAGAGAGUUUGAGGGGAAAAUCUUGGGUGCAUUUUGUAUGCAGUUGCUAAGGUAUUCACAAGAGAAGCCUGAGACAGUUAUGAUUCCUCUUAAAGCUGAACUAGAUGGGAAAGCUGUCUAUGAUGAUCUUUCUGGAUCUGUAUCAGCAUUUCUUGAACCUCUAGCACCAUGUGAUGCCUUUGAAACUGUUGUUGUUGCUAUCUCUCUGAGAAAUGAUGCUUCUCACAUGUUGAACGUUGUGAAGAUUAGUGAAGUUUCAGACACAACAAAUUUUCAUAUCAAAUACAUGGAAGGCUUACUACUUCCAGGCACUAUCACAAAAGUUGCUUUGAUUACUUGCACUCAGCUGUAUGUUGAAUUACGUGAUUCUCCACCUGAAGUAUCCAAUAUAUACAGGAGCUGUAAGUUAUUCAUGCUGACAAAUGACUCCAGUAGUCCUCAGAUUAAAAUUCCUUGCCAGGACAUAAUCCAUUUCAGUUCAAGACAACAUAGGAACUCUUCUAGUGGACUUGAAUAUCAGUCUAAAAAGGUUGAAUCUGGCUAUAUGAGGCCAAGGUCCUUGGGCAUUGGCAUACAUUCUUCAUCAGAGAUUAAGGUUCUAGACAUAGCAGAAGCAGAUAAAUUGGUGCUAGAAAACUGGAAAUCUCGCGGUACUAUAAGUGGCAUGUCUGUGCUUAAUGAUCACGAGGUACUCUUCCCAAUGGUUGAAGUUGGAGGUCAUCGCUCCAAGUGGAUCACUGUAAAGAAUCCUAGCCAUCAGCCAGUUGUCAUACAGCUUAUCCUGAACCCUGGAGAGAUUGUUGAUGAAUGCAGGGGCCCUGAUGGUUUCACGCAACCACCAUCCAGUAGUCAGCCAUUGUCAAAAGAGCUUUAUGCCAAGAACUCGGGGCACUUACCAUUGGAGGUGAGAAAAAUCAGAGUUUCAGGAACAGAGUGUGGGAUUCUUGGAUUUAUGGUGCAUACUUCUAAAGGUUAUGCUCGUGAACCUAGGGAAUCGACAAAGCUUUUGAUAUCGUACCAGUAUGAUUUUUCUGCAGCCCUGGCACAUAGAGAUCUUGAACUUUCCUUGGAUACUGGUAUUCUUGCAAUUCCUAUGAAGGCAAGUUUGCCUCAGUUCAUGCUUAAUAUCUGUACGAAAUCAGUCUCCUGGAUGCGAGUGAAGAAACCCUCUGUAGAAGUCCUCCUUGUUUUCUUAACGUUUCUGGUGUUCUGCUGGCUGUUUUCCCUAGCCAGAGCCUCGGGUUCCCAGGAUGACUUGUGCAAGAGUGAGAGAAGUUCCAUUGCUGCUUCCUUAAGGAAGGCUGGGAAAACCGUUCUUAUGCAUCAUAAACAGGGAAAUGGUAAGUUUUCUGUCUCUAGUGAGGUAAGUCUCUUAAGGUCUAAUGGGGAUGACAAAACGUCAAUGCAGUCUUCUGUUGGAAGAUACCCUGAUGGUCGGGGUAGGGUCUCAAGACAGGGAAUGUCCGCUCAACAUGUGGAAUCAACACUUGAAAAUCAUAAACAAAAUAAUCAAAAGGAAAGAGAAUUUUCAUCCUCUUUACUGUCAAAAUCUAAAGCAGUCGAGAAUUCUGAUACAAUAGAAACAUCCCAACAAAGUAACGUUACAGUCAAAACUGGCAAAGAGAAGGGAAGAAAACAGAGGAAGAGAAAGGGUGCUGGUUCCAAAUUAACAGGGCCGUUUGAAGUUUCUAGCAGUCAAAGUGGAAAUUCUACACCUUCAUCUCCCUUGUCCCCAGUCACAUUCUUAACGGCUAAACCGACACGGCCGCUAUCUCCUUAUAUGGAACAAAAUCUUGAGGCUACAUAUCCAUUUACUCAAAAAGCACAUCGACUCAGUGAGAAGGAUCACCUUUUUGGAUCUGCUACGGAAAUGAACAUAUUGGAGCCUAAGGUUUCUGAAAAGCAUUGCAGUAGCAGCUUGUUCUUUCCUACUCUAGACCAGCCUACAGCAUCAAGAAAAACAACUAAUCCUUUGCUGUUGCCUUCUGCUACUUUCCCUUGUCCCGACGGGCAUUCCCCUAAUGUGUUGUGCUCUUCCCCUUUUCUGGCUUCAACUUCUGCAGUUGCUCCACAUGCUCGAGCUCCUGGGUCCAAGCUUUUCAACCUGAAAACUGAAGAAAAGUCUGGACUGAGGGAUGAAUAUACAUAUGAUAUCUGGGGUGACCAUUUUUCUGGACUUUAUUUAGUGUCAAAGGAUGUCACUUCCUUAGUCUCCACUGCUACAAGUGAUUAUUCUGAAAGCUUCUUUGUAAGGGAUCCACUAAUCCUAAUGACAAAGUGUCCAUCUAAACUUGUAAGUUUUGAAAAAUAA